UUAUCAUCAUUAUUAUGAUGAUAAUUUCUUAAGGAGUUUAAACUGUCUGGAAAAAGCUCUGCCAUUCUUGAUAGCUAAAAAUAUCAAAUUCCUGUUUAUUACAGUUGGGAUAGUGAAGAGGGCUUUUAGAAAUAGAAUUUUUGAGUGACUGGACUCCAUCUCUCUCUCUCACAUACCCACACAGUUCAAUACAAUGUUUAUGCCUGGAUAUACCUGCUGCAAGAUAAAAUUGCUCUGAAUUAGGUUAUUCAUUAAAACCAAGUUCUUCAUUUCAAAAUUAGACCUACCCUGUGCAUCCUUUUUUUUUCCCUCCCCCAAAGUAAAGAACUUUUCACAGUGUGGUACUCAGGCUGGUCAUUAUAGUUCUCGAUUUAUGGCCAAGGUUCAAAUGUGGGGCUAAAACCCAAAUGAGGACCAAAACAAAGAAACAGAGGAAGCAUGAAAUGAUACGGAAUUAACUACUUCAGUCUGUAUGAAAUUUUCUACCCUCUGCUUCAAGGUUCAGAAUUUCUGGUUGUUGUGUCCCUGCUUCCCAGAGUUCAUCCCUGCACAGAGGGUUAGCUCAAGGCCUAUGAACCACUUAUGUCCCCUGAAUUAAUGGUCAACACAGCACUGACUAACCUGGGAGAAUUCAUAUCUGUCAGACGGCUCACCUCCUUUGUGAUGGCCCCAAAUCAGCCAAAAUACUCCCGCUCACAUAGGUAGGGCGAGAGCCUCCCUGAAAGGUAAAAAGUCAGCACCAGGAGCCCAAGUCAUGGACAAAGGCCCGGAGCUAAUCAGAUUGGCAGAUUGUGACUUUUUAAAAUUAAAUAAUUCAUAAACAAUUUCUUCCAUCAUUCAAUUAGCUCUACAUUUACUGCACUUUAAAUAAAUUGAUAAAGUAGAAGGUUAAUCCCAGUUCUCUUUUGUAGAUGUGAAGUUGCUCUGCAUUUUUACUAGCCUAAUUUCAGAAGCGCAGUGUCGAUUUCUCUGCGUGUGAUUUCAUUGACUGCAGUGGAGUUUCAUCCAUUGACAACAGCAGAUAAUUUGAUCCUUGAAUGUAACUGACAAACAUGGCAACGCACUGUCUAACCAUUAAGAGCUUGAUCCUGCACUGGGGAGGAGGAAAGGAAACAGUGGUCACUGGGACAGUUCAGCAGUGUGAAAAUCUGGCUCAUUUUGAAUCCUGGCUCAUCUGCCCCACCCAGUUCCAGCAGAUCUGCAUUGGGUUGCACGAUGGCUGAAUAUGAUGCAGGAAUCUCUGGGCUGUGCCAGCACCCAAAUGCAGAUACAGUUUUUGACUCAGAGCCUGCACUGAACCCUUGAGCAUGCCAACCAAGAACUUAUGCCUCAGGAUCAAGCCCCAAAACUGCAGAGCUUGGUGUGAUAGUAAUAGUAAUUUGCUGCAACUUCAUCCAGUUUAAGCAGUAGCAUAAAUCAACCAAAAUGAGAACAGACUCCAAUUCUGUGUUUGCACAGUGCUGAGCACAAGGGUACCCAAAUUCAGCCACCAGAAUACAAAUGCCAUUAGAAUAUAAACAACAGUUGUUGCAUGGGACACAGUUGAGAAAGGAUGCUUGAGCUAAAAGUUUAUCUGGAACAAUGGCUGUAGGUUACUGACCUAUUAAAUUCCACAACUCUAUUCAGAAUUAUCAUAUUAGGAGCUGUCUCCACUUAUAUGUGCCUGUAACUCCCUUUAGCUUUAAGAAGAGUUCUGUGUAGGCAUCAGCUUGAAGAUAUAUGGGUGGGAUAUUCAAAAGAGCUAAGGCCUAGAUCCAGGUGUUAAGACACCUAACUCCCAUUGAAAUCAAUGGAAGUUAGGCACCUAAAUACAUUGGAGGACCUGUGCCUAAGUCUCAUUGAUUUUUUGUUGUUGUUUCUCUUUACAUUUCUUUCCCCUGGUGUCAGAGUUUAAGGUCAGAAGGCACCAACAGAUCAUCUAGUUUGACCUCCCGUAUAUCACAGGCCACCAAAUACCGCCCAGCGCCUGCACACUGAACCCAAUAAUGGUGCGUUGUGUUUUGUGGAUAGAACACCGGACAGGAGAUCUAGGUUCUAUUAUUGGCUCUACCAUUGGCCUGCUGGCUGAUCUUGGGCAAGUCACUUUCUCUCCCUGUGCCUAAGUUUCAUCAUUUGUAACAUGGGGCUAGUGAUACUGAUUUCCUUUGUAAAGGAGAUCUACUGAUAAAAAGUGAUAUACAAGAGUUAGAUAUUAUCUAUUUAAAUUCGCAUGGCAGAGAUUUAUCAAUGACAAUAACGUGCACAGGGAUUUACACUCUUAGCCACCAGGUGAAUAUAGCCCGGUGUGGAAAUUUAGGCUUAAACUGUAGUACUUAACUAAAUGGUCUUAUCUUUCCCCAGAGAGGAUCUCAGCCAUUACUUGGAUUUCAUGAACCACUUGGCCUAUCAGUGCCACGUCAUACUAAACGAAUCAGAGACCCUGAAUUCAUUGAAGGAUGAAAAGUUUGACAUAACAGUGAUUGAUGGUUUUAAUCCCUGCUCCUUCUUGGUUGCAGAGAAACUAGGCCUGCCUUUUGUUGCAGUGUUUCCUGGAACUUUUGCUAAUGGACCACAAGUUGGGAUUCCUAGCCCCCUGUCCUAUGUCCCAGUAUUUUAUUCCAACCUAGCUGACCACAUGGACUUCUGGGGCCGCUUGAAGAACUGUCUAAUGUCUCUUAUUUCAGCCAUAGUACAAAAUCAAGUCCAAACCAAAUUUGAAAAUGUCAUCAAGGAGCAUUUCCCAGCUGGGUCCAGACCUGUUUUAGCUGAGCUCUACUUAAAAGCAGAACUAUGGAUUUAUAACACUGACUUCUCCUUUGAAUUUGCACGUCCGCUUCUUCCAAAUACUGUGUAUAUUGGAGGUUUACUAGCCAAGCCUGCCAAACCACUCUCUCAAAAGCUUGAAGACUUUAUAGCAAACUCAGAAGAUGGUUUUAUCAUUGUGACAUUGGGCUCAAUGUUAUCCUCAAUCCCACUCUUGGAAGUACUACAGGAGAUGAAUACUGCUUUUGCCCACCUGUCCCAAGGAGUGAUCUGGAGGUGUCAGCAUUCCAAAUGGCCCAAACUGAAAUUGGCAUCUAAUGUGAAAAUUGCAGAUUGGAUCCCUCAGAAUGAUCUAUUAGGACAUCCUAUGGCUCGUCUGCUUGUUACCCACGGGGGACUGAAAAGUUUGAUGGAAUCUAUCUAUCAUGGGGUCCCUGUUGUGGGAAUACCCCUUUUUGGAGACCAGCAUAACAACAUGGUCUGAGUGGAGGCCAAAAAUAUGGGCAUUGCUCUCCGAAUAGACCAGCUGAAAGCUGACAAAUUCACUCGCACAAUGAAGCAAGUUAUAGAAGACAAAAGGUAUAAAUCUGCAGUGAUGUCUCUGAGCACAAUUCAUCACUCCCACCAGCUCCCGCCAGAUCAACGCCUGGGACGAUGGAUAGAGCAGGUCCUCCAGGCAAGGGGAGGAGCUCACCUCCAGCCUUAUGCCUUUCAGCAGUCCUGGUAUCAGCAAUACUUACUGGAUGUUUUGUUGUUCCUGUCAGGGUAUGUCCUGGGGGUUAUUUACCUUUGUGUUAAGCUCGUAAGAACUGCUGUCUUCAGGAUCCGCAGUUCAGGGAAACAGAAACAAACAUAAUUUGAAACAUUGCAUAUUUGGUUAACACCGUCAUUUCAAAAAUGAGAAGCAGCUGUUAGCAGACAUGACUCACUUGCCUGAAGGAAACUGAGGGAAAUGAUACAUUUCCUGGAUAAUCCAAGCACUCUGUAUGACCUAACUGUAAUGGAAUAAUGUAAUAAACAUUUGAUGAAAAAACAAAA